AUGUUUGGAGCCAUUCUGUAUUUGAGCUUGGCGGAGAGAGGAACCGAUGGAGUCUGACACACAAUGACUGGAUUUGCUCUCAUCAAACACACGAUUCUUGCACGUCUGGAUCACGGAAACCCUUCCUCUGUUCUUGUACAAUCGUUCACUGAAAACUGAAAACCUCCAAAAAAGCUCAACUGUUUUCUUUGUUGCUGUGGCAUUACCCACAAUGCACACACCAGCUUCUAUAGUGACUGGCAUUGUCUUCGCUCCCCUGGGACUGGUGCUGGUGUUCACGGCAGCCAUCACGCCUCAAUGGCGGGAAGGCCAGGCUCGUCUUGGGAGGGUCGGUACUGGUGUAGGUGAAGCCAGAGGCAUCGAGCUCCUGCUGCUCCGCUCUGAUGGACUGUGGGAGAGCUGUCUGCAGGUGGUGCACUCUGAAUUGCGGGAAUGCUGGCCUGUAUCUGGAGCAUACCAACAUGAUUUACAUGUCCGUGCCACUCGGGGACUUGUACUCACGUCUCUGUUCCUGUGUGGCUCUGGGAUUGUGCUUGCCAGCGUAGGUGCCCGCUGUUGGACGGACACGCCGCUCAGAAAUGUAGCAGGAGCUGGAGGAUUGAUGGUAGCCAUGGCGGGUGUGCUCAGCCUCGCAGCAUUGAGCAUCUACACUCAUCACUUGCCCAAUCUGGCACUGGAGCUUGUAUCAAACAUGUCUGACUUCCAAGGGCUUGACUUGCACAAGCUGCCCAGUCUGACUUUGCGCCCCGCAGGUUCCCUGUAUUUCGGAUGGGUCGGCGCAUGGGUGCAGGUGCUUGGAGGACUGGCACUGCUGUUUGGGGUUGGACGACCACAAUGCCCAUUUCGCACCAGAAAGGUACAGAGGGAGUUUGUGAUGAAGGCUUACGAGGUCACCUGCUAGAAAGAAAAUUCUUCAAGUAAAGAGGACAAUCAGGACUCAUUGACACUGCUGUAACUGCUUGGAACUUCGUGUACAUGGAUAACACCAACUGCUUUAAUUGAUUUACUCUGCUAUGGCUCCACUACUUGGGCUGCUGCAGUCUCAAAGCUCAAGGGCCAGUGUUUAAAGCUGAGAUCAGGUUACUGUCUUUGUAGAGUUCUGCAUAUUCCCUCUGAGGUCAUGUGGAUUUCCUCCUGAUUCUCUGUUUUCUACCCACAUCCUAAAAUCAUGUACGUAUGGGGAUUGGUUAUGCUAAACUGCCCUUGGUGCCAAUGAGAGUGUGAAUGUGUAUACGAUGGACCAGCCUCCCGUUCCGGGUGAAUUCUCUCGCCCUUUGCUCAGUGUUCACACCAAACCCUGAACAGGAUAACACACUUACAGUACUAAUGACCACAAAACAACCAAAUGAGAUACAACAAAGUGAGUCAGGAUCCCAUGGUACAUGUAAGUAGACAGAGCUUGCUAAGUUCAAGGUGCUGGGUGUAUAAGCACAGAAUUAAGACAACUCUUUUAAAAGGUCGGUUUUCAGGCUUUAAUCCCAUUCACCCGAUCAGAACACAGAAGAUAACUUUUAAAAAGUGGGUCAGAGUUGGUAUGUACUGUAUAAAGCUCUGAUUUGUGUGAAAAUAAAAUUCACACAAAUCAGGAACUACUCAUAUACAUAGUCAUAUAAACAAGAGCAAAGGGUUAAAAAUAUGUGGCAAUUUUAAAAGUACUCUCAACUCACAGACUAUUUUAAAGUGGAAAUAAAUAAAGAAGCAAAGCAGAUGUUCAAGGAACAAGCAAUUUUCCACCCUAGACAUGAUGCACUAGAUCUGGUGACUGAUGCCAAGCUUAUUAAAAGGAUCCCAUUUGUCAGGGUGUACUAUUGAUCACAGAUUUAAUUAGAUAUAUAAUAUUAGUGGCAACACAACAAGAUAAUGCAAUAACAACCGAAUUGAAGGUCGUCGUGACUUCCCGACAAGACAGAAAACAAAGAUACAGUAUACAGAUUCAAUUAAUGAAUCUAUAAAUAAAUUGAUUUGCAUUUGCAUUUAUGGAUACACAAAUCAAACAUAACCCAUAACAAGCUGCUGUUGUUAUUUUCUUUUACACAAUUAACAGCCAAUACAUCAGUUAUCUUCUUUUGCACAAAAAUCUAUGCUCAAGACUCAUUUAUUACAGAGUGGAUAAAUUGUGUAAGGAAAAAAAGGAAAAGGAAAAAAAAAAGAAAAAGAAAAUGUUGAUUCUUGCACUGGAAAACUUUCCAUUACACACUGAACUGCUUGACAGAAUUAUUUAUGUUUUCACUUUUCACUAUCUGGUGUCACCUGGUGUCUCAUCCAUCUGGUUCUUUGUAUCAUCUCAGGGCUUUAUUUCUUGCCACCAUUGACUCCGGUUUGCUCAUUGCAGAUACAGUGGCUUUGUGACAAUGUCUAUUUAUGAAAGCACUUUAUAAAUCAAAUCUAGCUUUAAAUUGUAUUGAAUCUUUAACUUUGACUUUGUUAAAUAUGAACAGUAGAUCUUGGAUCUUCAUGUCUUACUCACUUUAUGCUAAUUUCUCCAGUAUACAUAGCUAGUUUUACCCCACCAUUUUUGAUCAUUUGCUAAUUCUCACCUCCAGCCUGCUCUCCUUUAUUGUCAGAGAGAUGCCAACUGGGAAGAAUAAUGAUUAUUAACACUUUUUUUUAAAUUUGUGUAUCAUGGAGCAGUGUAACAGACUCAGAGGAACAUGUGAUCUACAAUCUUCUUCAUACAUGAGCUCACAGACAUCUAUAAAUGGCAAGUACUGUAACUGAGAGCUUAUAUCACCCAACCCACCCAAAGAAAACAGCCAGUGUAGCUCCUUUGGCUCUCUGACGCUCGAUCUACCUGUGAUAGGACACACACAUUAUUAGUUCUGUCACUCUGGGGCCAGUGGUGGUUAUAUACAUAUGUGUAUAUAUACAGUAUAUACAUAUAUAUUUGAGAAAUGUGAGUGUCCUAUCACAGGUGCAUUAAGAGUCAGAGAGGUCUAAAAGCACGGCCAGGAAAUGUGGAACAAUUUGCAUCAUAUUGGAUAAUCGGCCUCAAGUUAAUUAUUUUGUGUGCAAUUAAAUCUUUUUAAGGUGAUGUGGACUGAUUAGCAAGUUACAACACUAACAACUCCAGUAUGUUGUGCAUCAUAUUAAAACUGAAGUGUAAUAUUAUCAGUCAUCUCUAUCUCUGCUUAGC